AUGAUGCACCCUGCGCGACAGGCCUACGUCGAAGAGGCCGAGGACGCCGACAUGGGGAUCAGUCUCGCCGACCUCCCCACUGACCAGGACUACGAGCUGCCUGGUGGUGUAGGGGCCCCCAGUGAGCGCGUUUCUGCGCUACAGGCUCAAUUCGACCGAAAACGACGCGCCGCGGCAACGGUAGUACCCACAGAUGACACUCGAGUGCGCAUGCGGUUACGAGAGCUUGGAGAACCCAUUACACUAUUCGGCGAAGGUCCGGCAGAUCGACGAGACCAGCAGGGAGAGGGCGAUGUGGAGAUGGAGGAAGCGGAGGAAGAAGAGGGAAGAGAACAGCAAGAGGAGUUUUACACCGAGGGUACGGAUGAGCUAUUGGAAGCUCGGAAGGCCAUUGCACGCUUUUCUUUGCCGCGGGCGAAAGCUCGUGUCGCGCGGCUUAAGGAGGAGUCAACAAUCCCGCUCCGCACCCAUGUCAAGCACCGCAAAGCCAUCAAAGAGAAGCUCCAGCACUUCGAUCUGUACGGUUCUCAGAUUGCUGGUGACCGUCCCGUCAGUAUCUGUCGUUUUUCUCCGGAUGGAAAGACCAUCGCUGCUGGAAACUGGUCUGGUGGUAUCAAGCUUCUCUCUGUACCAAAUCUGGAGGAAAAAGCCAACCUCAAGGCACACACGGAUCGAAUCGGUGGUUUGUCAUGGCUUCCGGGAGCUACACUUCCCUCGUCUAAUGUUUCACCAUCGACUGUAAACCUGAUGUCUGGAGGAGGUGAAGGAAACAUCAACCUGUGGGCGCUCGAUUCUGAUAAGCCGCUCGCGACCCUAUCCGGCCACUCAGGGCGUGUGUGCCGUACAGAAUUCCACCCAUCUGGACGGUAUGCGGCAUCUGCAUCUUUCGAUACCACUUGGCGGCUGUGGGAUGUGGAAACAACGUCCGAACUCCAAUUACAGGAGGGCCAUUCACGAGAGGUCUACGCAGUGUCAUUCAACAACGAUGGUUCACUGCUUGCUAGUGGCGGAUUGGACAGUAUUGGACGUAUUUGGGAUCUUCGGACAGGACGUACUGUGAUGAUCCUCGAGGGUCACAUCCGAGAGAUCUACGGUAUGGACUGGGGCGCGGAUGGAUACCGUGUGCUUUCAGGCUCUGGCGACGGAUGGGUCAAAUGCUGGGAUCUGCGACAAGUCCGGAAUAUGGGCGGCAUCGGUGCCCACAAGAGCGUCGUGUCUGAUCUCCGUUGGUAUAAGGGCGCCGAAGCGGAUUCCUAUUUGCCUUCCGCCGAUAGCCAGAUGGACAUUGACGGUGCCACACCGACGCCUGCUGAAGCCUCUGGCUCACCGGUUCAGCCAAAAAAAUCAGGCACAUUCUUUGUGUCUAGUGGCUUUGACAAGAACGUGAAUAUCUUCAGUGCCGAUGACUGGUCAUUGGUCAAGACGUUGAGCGGGCACGCGGGCAACGUGCUGAGUACAGAUGUGAGCAAUGAUGCGCAAUGGAUUGCAAGCUGUGGUCAUGAUCGGACUGUCAAGCUCUGGGGCAUUGAAUAA